GCUGGAAAUCUGCUCAUCAACUUGGCUGAUGUGCUGGUGGAAGUGUUGCACAGGGCCGCAGGCCUGCGGGUUCUACGAAUCUUCAUUGUGGGGACUGAGGGCAACUACAAGAACAGCAGUUCUCAGGUGGUGGAUGAUGUUGAGACUGGGCACGUUGGUGCAUAUGAUGACCACAUCCUCAGCCUGGUGGAUGACCUGAUGUUUGAGGCUUGUGGGUUCUGCGUGCUGGUGGAAGUCGGAAACGUCUCUGCAGAUUUCUGCUGGGCAGAUCCACAGGCAGCCUUCGACGCGCGGAAUCCGCACUUCAAUACCUCGUGGGGGCAGCUGCAUGAGGUGGUCCUUUCCUUUGCUCCGCAGAAUGAAGCCCAGGGCCACCUCAGGUCUGUGGACGAGGGUUGGUGGUGCCGCCGAGCGCAGGUGAUGAAGGCCAACAUGCAUCCUGAGAUUGCCAUCUCCACUGGGGGCUCGAUUGAGCUCAUGGAUGCGCUGUACCCGCAGCUCUAUGUAUGCCCUGAGAUUGAUGUGGUGGACAUCCACACCUACAGCACUGACUCUCAGAGCGUGAGGACGACUCUGCAAACUGCAGCAACUUGGGCGCUAACCCAUGGAAAGCGUGUUCGGCUCCAAGAGUUUGGCUUCCAGGGAGCUGAUGCAAUAAAGUCUCAGAAGCUCUUCCCCCUCAUCCUCGCGUCCAGCGAGCUGGGUAUCCCCUUCAUGCCUUGGGAGCUUCUCCAUCCUGCAAGCUCUAAAGACUUUGAAUUCUGGACAGAGGGCGGCUUUUGGCAUGGGCUGUCUGCACUGAGCCACGCAGCGCAGCGCCAGGCAACGGUUUUCUCGUGGCCAGAGUUAAAGCUUGCCCAGAGCUACCCAAAGGGGAACUGGCUGCUCUGCCUGGUCAAUGCGGAGUGUGCCUCCGGCUGCUGCAGUAACGAGUUCAGUGACGACAAGAAGUACAAGUGCACUCCAGGCGGUAGCAGAUGCACGGGCAACCUCCUGGCAGACUGGGUUUUCUGCACUCAGAACAGGGAUUGCGCCAACGGCUGCUGCAGCAAGCAGUUUAGCGAUGACGGCCGCUACAAAUGCACUCCUGGCGGUGCCCCGAGCCUUUGUGGCGAUGCUGUGCUACCCAACGGGCAAGCCUGCUCGGCGAAUGGUAACUGCGCCAGCGGUUGCUGCUCUGAUGGGCGUUGCCUUGCAAGGGCUCCGCCGGCUCAAUGCAAGAAGGCAAUAUUCUUUGCUUAG